AUGGCUCUCUCAACUUCUAUCAAGACCCCCAGCCUCACCUAUGAGCAGCCUUUGGGCCUAUUCAUCAAUGGCGAGUUCGUCAAGGGUGCCGAGGGAAAGACCUUCGAGACUAUCAACCCUACCGACGAAAAGCCUAUCGUUUCCGUUCACGAGGGUACCGAGAAGGAUGUCGACAUCGCCGUGAAGGCUGCCCGUGCCGCCUUCGAGGGUUCUUGGUACGAGAAGACCCCUGGUGAGCGGGGUCGUUACCUUGUCAAGCUUGCCGAUCUCUUCGAGCGUGAUAUUGAGAUUCUGGCUGCCAUCGAGGCUCUGGAUAACGGAAAGUCCCUUACUAUGGCCAAGGGCGAUAUCGCCAACGCCGCAGGCUGCUUGCGCUACUACGGUGGUUGGGCCGACAAAAUCCACGGUCAGACAAUCGAUACCAACAACCAGACUCUUUCUUACACUCGCCACGAACCCAUCGGUGUCUGCGGUCAGAUUAUCCCCUGGAACUUCCCCAUUCUCAUGUGGUCCUGGAAGAUCGGUCCUGCCAUUGCCGCUGGUAACACCGUUAUUCUGAAGUCCGCUGAGCAGACUCCUCUCUCUGCUCUUUACGCUGCCAAGCUUACCAAGGAGGCUGGCUUCCCCCCUGGUGUCAUUAACAUCAUCUCUGGCUUCGGUCGUACUGCCGGUGCUGCUAUCUCCACUCACAUGGAUAUUGAUAAGAUUGCCUUCACUGGUUCCACCCUGAUUGGCCGUACUAUCCUCCAGGCUGCCGCUAAGAGUAACUUGAAGAAGGUUACCCUUGAGCUGGGUGGUAAGUCACCUAACAUCGUCUUUGACGAUGCCGAUAUCGAUAACGCUAUCUCCUGGGCCAACUUCGGUAUCUUCUACAACCACGGCCAGUGCUGCUGCGCUGGUUCCCGCCUGCUCGUCCAGGAAGGUAUUUACGAUAAGUUCGUUGCUCGCUUCAGGGAACGUGCUGCCCAGAACAAGCUCGGUAACCCCUUCGAUGAGGGUACCUUCCAGGGUCCUCAGGUCUCCCAAUUGCAGUUCGACCGUAUCAUGGAAUACAUCAACCACGGCAAGAAGGAGGGUGCUACCGUUGCUUACGGUGGUGAGCGCCACGGUGACAAGGGUUACUUCAUCCAGCCUACCCUUUUCACUGAUGUUACUUCCGAUAUGAAGAUCGCUCGUGAGGAGAUUUUCGGCCCUGUCAUUACUGUCCAGAGGUUCAAGGAUGAGGCCGAGGCCAUCAAGAUUGGUAAUGCCUCUGAAUACGGUCUUGCUGCUGGUGUUCACACCAAGAAUGUCAACACUGCGAUCCGUGUCUCCAACGCCUUGAAGGCUGGUACUGUGUGGAUCAACAACUACAACAUGAUCAACUACCAGGCUCCAUUCGGUGGCUUCAAGAGCUCCGGUGUCGGUCGUGAGCUUGGCUCUUACGCCUUGGAGAACUACACCCAGAUCAAGACUGUGCACUACCGCCUGGGUGAUGCUCUCUUCGGUUAA